GCAGGAAGCGCACAAUUUAGGUGCGGACAAUCGGGAUUUCACCAUCUGGAGUGUUUUGAAAUAUCUCAUUAAAAGUCAUUGACCUCCGUUUAUCAAGAAAUAUUAUUUUUUAUGCGAGUAAUUCCUCCACGAAGAACAAUACCUAUGUAUGUUCCUGUAGCUGUCAAUUAAGUGCAGGGUUGCUGAGGAGAGAGCUGCAGCUUAUGUGGAGAUGGAGGAACGAGCUCGCAGCUGUCUGCUGCGCUCCAGAGCUACUCUGGAGCAAGACAUCAAAGCCGCCUACCUGAUGGACCACAUGGUCAGCGAUGGAGUCCUGACCAAUGACGAGGAACAGAGAGUGCUCAGCAAGACCACGAGAAAGGAGCAGGCUGCAGCCCUGCUGGAGGUGCUGUUGAGGAAAGACAACAGGGCUUACAUCUCCUUGUACAAUGCUCUGAUCAGUGAGAGUUAUGGAGAUCUAGCUAGCCUCCUUCAUAAUGACCUGCCUCUGCUCAGCCCUGAGGGAGAGAGAAGCUUUGCAGAUGGAAUGUCUCCCUCUGUCCAGGUGAUUCUGAGUGAAGGUGGUGUUCCUCAGAGACCCGUUGUGUUUGUGAGCCGACCCCCUCUGCUCAACCUGAUCCGGGAGAAGCUCUACCGCCUGCAGGACACGCCGGGUUGGGUCACUGUAUUUGGGAUGGCAGGCUCGGGGAAGUCUGUGAUGGCUGCAGAAGCUGUUCGAGACCGUGCUCUUAUUAAGGAGUGUUUUCCAGAUGGUGUUCACUGGCUCUCUGUUGGGCAGUGUGAGCGGCCAGACCUGCUGGUGAGGAUGCAGUCUCUGUGUUUCCGCUUGGAGCAGGGUCAAAGUUCAGACGUCAGCCAGAGGCCACCCUGCUCUGUGGAGGAGGCCAAAGAACGCCUGCGUUUUCUAAUGCUCCGCAGGUUUCCCAGGUCCCUGCUGAUUCUGGACGAUGUCUGGGACAACUCUGCUCUCAGGUCAUUUGAUAUCCAGUGCAGAGUCCUCUUGACCACGCGGAAUAGAGGUCUGACUGAAUCGGUUAGCGGUAAAAAGUUUGAAGUGCCAGUUGAGAAUGGUCUUGAUGAGGAGAAAGCACUGGAAGUUCUUGCUUUAUAUGUAAAUGGGAAACCACAGAAACUUCCAGAACAGGCCCGCAGCAUUGUCAGUGAAUGCAAAGGCUCUCCUCUGGUGGUGUCUCUGAUUGGAGCUCUGUUGAGAGAUUUUCCAGACCGCUGGGGCUACUACCUGCGGCAGCUGCAGAAGAAGCAGUUCAAGCGGAUCUGUAAGUCUUCAUCCUAUGACUAUGAUGCUCUGGAUCAGGCCAUGGAUGCCAGCCUGCAGGUCCUGGAAGAUGAACACCGAGAUCUGUACAGAGACCUGAGUGUCAUGCAGAAAGACGUUAAAGUGCCUGCUAAGGUUCUGUCUGUCCUGUGGGGUCUUGAGUUGGAGGAGGUGGAGGAUGUGCUACAGCAGUUUGUGAAUAAAUCUCUGCUGUUUCGGGACUGUAAUCAGCGGCCUUACCUAUAUUACCUUCAUGAUCUGCAACUGGACUUUCUCAUUGAACAGAACCGCGAUGUGUUGACCGGGCUGCAUAAAAAGAUGGUCCUUCAGUACCAGAAGUUCUAUAAGAAAGGCGCACCCAGCUCUGGAGAUAAAGAGUGUUUGUACUGGUAUCACUUCCUCCCGUAUCACAUGGCUAAAGCAGGCCUCUCUAAGGAGCUUUAUUCACUUAUGUUUUCCUUGGACUGGGUCAAAGAGAAAGCUCAGAUGAUGGGAUCUGCCCAUCUCAUCAAUGACUAUGUGGAAUAUGGUGAAAUAUUAGACAAAGAGAAUAGUGAGGUGAGACUGCAGUUUCAGGAGUUCCUCUCUCUGAACGGGCAUCAGUUAGAGCAGAGGCCGUUUCCUGACGUGGUGCAGCUGGCUCUGUCUCAGCCUGCCUGCUCUGAAGUUUACAGGCAGGCCUUGAUGCAGGCGCAGGACAGAGCCACUAGGGGGCAGCUCUAUCUGGACUGGGUUAACAAAAACAGUCAGGACAGUUUGUCUCAGCUGGUCAUGCAUCCUCACCAGGGGUCCAUAUAUUAUGCCUGUUUCUCCAAAAAUGGGAGCAAAAUCGCCUCCUGUGGAGCCAGCAAGACACUGCGGGUGUUUAAGACGACCUCUGGAGAGAAGCUUCUAGAGCUACAGGCUCAUGAUGAUGAUGUUCUGUGCUGUGCCUUCUCCCCCGACGACCGUUACAUAGCAACCUGCUCUAGUGAUAGGAAAGUUAAGUUGUGGAAUGUUGUGCAAGGUUCUCUGAUCAAAGUGUUUGCAGAGGAACAUGAUGAACAGAUAAACCACUGCCAGUUCACCAACACAGGUCGACGCGUCCUGCUGGCCACCUGCUCUAAUGACAAAUUCAACAAUACCAAGCUAUGGAACCCGAACAAGACAACGUCUCAGAACACUAUGUUUGGCCACAUGGAACCUGUCAAUCACUGCUGCUUCUCUACCAACGAUGCCUACCUCGCCACUUCAUCAAGUGACGGCACCUUAAAGCUGUUUGAGGUGUCGUCCGCAAAUGAGUGGAAAUCAAUCGAUGUCAAUAGUUUUUUCCCAGAGAGUGACGAUGAAGUAAAAGUCAUCGUGAAAUGUAGCACCUGGUCAUCUGACAGCUCGCGGGUCAUUUGUGCUGCCAGAAAUGCCGUGUUUGUGUUUGAUGUAGCUACGUCAGACAUGCUUUUGGAGAUGAGGACUAGUCGUCUGAGCACAGUGCAGUACUGCCACGCAUGUCCCAACACCAGUCUGCUGGCUGUCGCUCUCUCCCAUUACACUGUAGAGCUGUGGAAUUUUGAGACCAGUAAGAAGAAAGCUGAAUGCAAUGGUCACCUGAGCUGGGUUCACUGUGUGCAGUUCUCUCCUGAUGGUUCACUUCUCCUGUCCUCCUCUGAUGAUCAGACCAUCCGACUAUGGGAGACAGACAGGGUUCACACCUCUUCUGCGGUGGCUCUGAAGAGAGACUCUGAUGUUCUCUUCUCCCAGAGUGAUGUUACAAUAGUGGCACCCGACAGCAGAAACCGAUUACAGAUACGGACUGGAUCUGCAGGAGCUGUUUUGUUCGAGAGCGAGGAGUUUCCGUCUAGGAUUCGCUGUACUUGUAUCUGCAAACAUGCUGCUCUGAUGGCUCUAGGGGCUGAGAAUGGAAACAUACAGACAGGAAGAGUGAAGGUUAGACAAUUUCUGAAGAACAUUGGCUGGAGAACCCUGCGCCUGCUGAACUUGCAGCAUGAUUUUGUGGUGGCACUAGGGCUAGAGACAGGUACAGUGCAGGUGUUAGAGGUUCCGUCUGGAGACUGUCUAGCGAAGCUCGAGGGUCACACUAGAACUGUUCACCACUGUCAGUUCACUGAUGACAGUCAGACCCUCAUCACAUCCUCCGAGGAUUCCACUGUUCGGGUGUGGAAAUGGAGGACGGGUGAGUGUCUGGUGCUGGAGGGUCAUAAGGAACCGGUCAGGAAGUUCCACCUGUUGAACUCUUCCUCUCCUCAUCUACUUUCAUGGUCGUUUGAUGGCACUGUUAAGGUUUGGGAUCUAAACAGUGGACAGAGGCUGCAGGACCUGGUGUGUCAUAAAGGAGCUGUCCUGUCAUGUGACGUGUCUUCUGAUGGACGGCUCUUUGCCACCACCUCAGCCGAUAGGACUGCCAAGGUGUGGAGCACUGCCUCAUGGGAAAUGCUGUUUUUGCUGAAGGGACACAGAGACUGCGUUCGUAGCUGCCGUUUUUCAUGGGACAGUAAGCAGCUUGCAACGGGUGAUGACAACGGAGAAAUCAGGCUGUGGAGCACGUUGGAUGGCGCUCUCCUGAAGAUCUGUUCCCGGGACACUAAAGACUCCAUGGAUUCUUUCCAUGGUGGCUGGGUGACCGAUCUUCACUUCUCCCCAGAUAAUAGAGUACUUGUUUCUACAGGUGGAUACAUCAAGUGGUGGAGCGUGGAGACUGGAGAGGCCCUGCAGACAUUCUACACAAUGGGAGCCAGUCUGAAGAAGAUCCAUGUGUCACCUGACUUCACCACCUUUAUCACCAUCGACAGCAUCGGAAUACUUUACGUUUUACAGAAAGUGGAGGGAGGAGGGAUCUAGGUCUUUUUAUGAUUUUAAUUGUUCUAUAUGUGUAUGUACAAUCCUGGAAGCAUAUUUAAAUCAUUUUAAUGCACUUAAGUUUAAUAUUCAUGCACACGAAGAACAACGUUUUCUAUCGAAUUCAGCCGUAACAUUUGGUUAUGAGCUUUUGAAAAUUACCUGCCUUAUGGGUGUGUCUUUGUUUCUUGCCAUCGUAAUUGAAUGCAAGUACUCCAUGACCCACAUUAACAAAACACGUUCUGGCAUAUUCAUAUAUAUAUUUUUUUUUUCCAAGAGAUUAUAAGCAAACCUGUAUUGGUUUUCCUCUGAGCCCAUCCAUUCCAACUGAUGCCUCAAUGUCUCUAAAAAUAUAUCUGAAACAAGCACAUCUUUGGUUAUGUGCCUUAAUUUUUUACAGUUUUGUACAAGGCUCAGGUUUGAUCAGGGAUUUGUCAGAAGCAUACUGACUGGCUUUAAAAAGGCUUACCAAUUAAACCUGGCCUUUGAGGUACACUGUGUGUGUAUUUAAAUUGUCUGAACAGGUGCACUAAAAACCAGGAUUUAGCACAGUAGGUGGGUAGGCAAGUUUUUUAGUAAGACUUAUGGGAAAAACACAAAAAGAGGAAUCUGACAUUGCUACUUUCUAAAUUAAUGUUAUUGUGUUUAUGGUGCUUGUAAGAUAAAUGGAAAUUCUGUCACUAUUAAUCACUUAAGAUGAUUAGAAUGGCAUGGGGGUGAGUAAAUGACAGAAUACACAUUUUUAGGUGAAUUAUUACUUUAAUAAUACAUGACAAAUCACAUGUCACCCUGUUGUACUCAGGCAAAAUAGUUCAUCCACUGUCUUUUUUUUAUUUUAUUUUUUAUUGUUAUUACAUGAUUGUUAAAAUGUAAUUUUUAAAACCCUUUUCAAUGUGA